AAACUUAACUUGGAUCAUAGUAGGCUAUGGCACUUCCCAUCAACAAAACCAAGAUAUCCCCCAAAUGAGAAUUCAGCACUACCGGAUAUAGACGACACCAUGAUUUCUUUAUUGCUGCGUCGCCGUCCUUUCACCGAUUACAAGACAUUUUUGGGAUCCAUUCGAGGUGGACGACGAUGCUUAUCGGGAGUCAAGAAGCUUAAAGAUGACCGCAAGUCUGCCACAAACUCUGGGAUGAUAAAAUAUGUUCUGGCAGAAGAGGGAGUUGAAUAUGUAAAGAUAACACAGCAGAUAUACGCGGUAUGCUCCACGUACCACACCAUGAGCCAUGGAAAAUCCAUCAAUGAUAAAAACGAUGAUCUGCUAUCUUUUGAGCAACGAAGCAUUAAGCGAGAGGAUAAUAAAAAAGCAAACAAUGCGGAUUCUCGAAAAUUUCCACUAAAACGGGGGCCACCUACAGCGAAAUUUCCCGUCAAUGAAAAUGCGGACAAAUUACUGGAAAAAGCUGAAUUCCGUGAACUACAGGAGAAAUUAUUAAAGGGACUCAGGGAUAGGGCUAAGGAAAAUGUGGAAUAUACAAAUUCUAAUACAAAGAAUAAACCAAAUGAAGGAAUAAAGAAAGCCAAGGAGCCAGCAAAACCAGCCAGUCCACCAACUCCGCCACCGCCACCACCUGCUACGGGGGCUAAUCCACCAUCCAAAGGGGGUGCCCCGCCACCACCACCGCCGCCUGGGACACCACCAGUCCAGACGAAAACCACUUUUGGUCCACUUGCAGAUGCUGAUCGCAUCUUUACCAACUUAUAUGGACGCCACGAUUGGCGUCUGAAGGCGGCCAUGAAGCGCGGCGACUGGUACAAGACCAAGGAGAUCCUGGAUAAGGGUGAAAAGUGGAUCGUACAUGAGAUCAUGACUUCGGGGCUGCGAGGACGCGGUGGCGCCGGGUUCCCCAGUGGCUUGAAGUGGUCCUUUAUGCAUCAACCUCCGGAUGGCAGGCCCAAGUUCCUGCUAGUCAACGCAGACGAAGGAGAACCGGGCACCUGUAAGGAUCGUGAGAUUAUGCGCCACGAUCCGCACAAACUGGUCGAGGGAUGUCUCAUUGCUGGCCGGGCCAUGGGAGCCAACACAGGAUUCGUUUAUAUCCGUGGAGAGUUUUACAACGAGGCCUGCAACCUUCAGUAUGCCAUCAUAGAGGCUUACAAGGCAGGUUAUCUGGGCAAGAACGCAUGCGGUUCCGGCUUCGAUUUCGACCUGUACGUGCAACGGGGAGCUGGAGCCUAUAUAUGUGGCGAGGAAACAUCCCUGAUUGAAUCGCUGGAGGGCAAGGCUGGAAAGCCGCGUAACAAGCCACCAUUUCCGGCAAAUAUUGGUGUGUUUGGCUGCCCCUCAACGGUGAGUAAUGUGGAAACUGUGGCGGUGUCUCCAACCAUCUGUCGUCGUGGUGGCAAGUGGUUCGCCAGCUUUGGACGGACUCGGAACUCGGGCACCAAGUUAUUCAAUAUCUCUGGUCACGUCAACACUCCAUGCACCUUCGAGGAGGAGAUGUCAAUGCCCACCAGGGAGCUGAUUGAACGCCAUGCUGGCGGAGUGAUUGGCGGCUGGGACAACCUGUUGGCCAUCAUCCCGGGCGGUUCCUCGACUCCUUGUAUUCCGAAGAAGGCUGCCGAGACUUCAAUCCAUGACUAUGACGGCCUGAUGGCAGUGCAAUCGUCCUUGGGCACUGGCGCCCUGAUAGUGAUGAACAAGGACACGGACAUCAUAAAGGCCAUUGCCCGACUUUCGGCCUUCUACAAGCACGAGAGCUGCGGACAGUGCACUCCAUGCCGCGAGGGCCUCCACUGGGUAAACAUGAUCAUGCAGAGAUUUGUGACAGGCCAGGCUCAGAUUGCGGAGAUCGACAUGCUGUGGGAACUUACCAAGCAGGUCGAAGGCCAUACCAUCUGUGCCCUGGGUGAUGGCGCCGCCUGGCCGCCGCAGGGACUCAUUCGUCACUUUCGGCCGCUGAUCGAGGAGCGAAUCAAGGAGCGAGAGGCUUGCGAUAAGGCUGCAGAAGAGGAAACUCCUUGUUUAGAAUAAAGCGUGUGCCAAGAGAGCAGUGACAGACCGUCA